UGUGGUGUUGGAAAGGGGAUAUGGUUAUCAGGGAAGGUGUUUGUUGGGAAUAUGGUAAUUGAUAGGGAUGUGAUUGCAAGUAAAUGGCUGUCGGGGUUUGUUGUUGUUGAGAAGAGGAUUGUUAGAGAAACGGUGGUGCUCGGAAAUGGUUGUGUUAGAGAG